UCGGUGGUGGGAGGUACGCGCGGUUUCCGUCGUCUCCUUUCUUUCAUUCUCCUUGGAUGCUUUGUUCAGUUAUUGAAACGUGUGAACUGAAUGAACUAAUGGUCGUGUUUAGAAGUGAUCUCAGUGCAAGUGUCGUGCCGUGUGCGUAUCAAGGACAUUAAUUGCACGUGAGAUAAGACGUCAGUUUGACCUCUGCCUCCUCAUCUGCUGCUCUCAGACCUGUUCGAGCGUCCGCAAUUUUCUUAGCCUUAUGAAGCCCUCAAUAAAUUUGUCAUCAGUUCUGGAGCUUAUCCUUCUCUUUAUCUCUCUUUCGCUCUCUCCCCCUCUUUUUUGUGCCUAAUAAUUCUUAAUGCCCACGUUCACCUAUUGGCCGAAUCCUAGUCUUCCAGAAUGCUCUUUGUGGAACCAUUAUUUCAGUGCAGUGUUGUUCCACCCCUGACCAUGUCCUGUAUUUUUUCGCAGUUUUGACAGGCUUAUUUAAUAACUUAACUUUAAUAUUUAAAGUUAAUUUACUGCCUAACUUGUUAACUUAAUGCUAGUUUAGGAAAUUAAAUUAAAGUGAGUGUAAUAUUCACCGCCGUGUCUUGCCGUCGUGAAAGGAAAAUCUCGGUGGAAGUUACCCGAUGUUCGCGUCGUGUUCGAGUCUCGGCAUUGAUGCCCAAGCUUUGAAGCUUGGCUUGUAAGUAACAAGUUUCAGAACCCGUCGUAUAUCUGCGCUACGAUUGUCGUAAAUAUUAAAGCCAGUGAUCAAUUAAUACAGUUAUAGCUUCUGUGUGUUGGGAGUGUGCUUGUGGUUGGUGGUUGUUCGACACAAACCCCACCACAACCAUGGUGCGUUGCAGCGCCAGCCUGAGCUGUGCUGGUGGUGUAUCGGUGUUUACGGUAGGGUUGGUGGCUGCGUUCCACCUUACAAGCCUCAUCACUUCCACUACAGCCACCAAGAUGCACUACAUCCACUGGAAUACAUCCAACCCAAUAUUCCGCAUCGACAAUACGGAUCACAUCAUCGAUGUCAACAAGAACAACUUCCCUUUCGACUACGACCAAGUGAACAUCAUCUGCCCGACGUACGACAAGAGCACUGACGACCGAGACACCGAAAAAUACAUUAUUUACAACGUGAGCAAGGAGGAGUAUGACACAUGUCGCAUCACCACCCUACACCCGCGCGUCAUCACCGUCUGCAACAAGCCCUACGAUCUCAUGUACGUCACCAUCACCUUCAGACCCUUCUCACCCCAGCCCAACGGUCUCGAGUUCAGGCCUGGCGUUGACUAUUACUUCAUCUCGACGAGCAGUUCUGACGAUUUAGAGCGCCGUAUCGGCGGCCGCUGCAGCAGCCACCACAUGAAGGUGGUCUUCAAGGUCUGCUGCGACCCCAACACGCAGACCAAGCCCCUGGGAGACCAGGGCGGCGUACAGCUCCCCUCCAAUGGCCAGAACAACCGCGGCCUCAUAGCCGGCAGCAACGACACCCACAAAGCCCCCACCACGACCUCCCCCUCCCCCUCUAAGUCAGGUCGUGUAACCCCAACCACGACACUCAUCCCUCCCUCCACGACGUCUUCCCCCACCUCCCCACGACGACGACGUCCUUACCACAACAGCGGGGAACGCGGGGGCAUGACGGGUGGUUCCCCCUACGGUGACGACAACUCCCCCUACGUCAAUUCUCCCUACGAUAACGCCAGGUCUCCCUACGGCGGCAGCGGCUCGUCCUACGAGUACUCUGACUAUGCGGCCGUGCACAAAGACUAUCCGUACUACGUCAAGACAACCACCGCUAAAUACGACCCUAUGAAGUACCCCGACAUUCGCCAGAACGAAAUAGUUAAGAACGAAGCCCUGAACUCGGGACCUUCCUCCUCCCGCCCUCCUGCCCUGUGGUGGGUCGUAAUGGUCAUGGCUGCGGUGCUCGUGUGUCUUGGCCCCACCAGACGUGGUCCCUGCUGGGUCACUAGCGACCUCCCAUGGCAAGACCGACGCACUAAUACUGACGAAGGCGAGGCGUCACCGGUGCGCCUCAAGACGGUCACCAGCGCGUCUGCUGACGUCGCGCACAUGCAGUUGCAGGAGCAAGCCGCCCCCGCGCUUUUGUCUCGCCGCCUCGCGUCGUCUACCCUCAAAACUCUCGUCGAGAAGCGCCAGCUGACGACAUCUGACUGCUUGCACGCCAAUAUGGCCGCCCCUGAGGAGCGGCAGUGGCGAGGGACGUCGCUGGGGGAGCACGUAGGACCUCCUCAUCGCCGACGCCACGUCAGGACGGAAACGAACACCUACCGCUGCUGCCGGGCGACGAGAGCCAGCGUCGUGGCGGGCCCGCUCAGCAGCUCGGGUGAUGUCGCCGCUCUCAGUCCGGUGUCUCACUAAAAUGUUGCUUAAAUAUUUUAUGAAAUAUUGUUAUUUUCGUCUUAGUUGAAACAUUUGGUGUGAUUAUUUUUGUUUUAAGCUAAUAUUAAUUUAUUUGGAACCGUGGGGAGGGCGGAUUAAUCUGUUCGUGUUUGUUUAGUUGCGAGGCUCCCGUGGACGCCUGCUUUGUUUCAAUGUUUAUUUGCUGCUGCUUUUCCCCAUCCCCCAACUGGCGACGCGAUGUUUUGAUGUUCUGUGUGGAUGUGUGGACAGGAUCAGGAGUGUGUUGGUGUGUGUUGUGUGGCACAUCUAAGUGUGCCUCAGCAGUCAUGUGUGUGAGAAGUGUACAUAUGUACAGCACUUCACAAGCUCGUAUUUUUGUACAUAUAUAUCAACGUAGGUUGCGUGGCCUACACGUUAGCUCACCUGUAAUAUUAACUUAUUGAUGCCAUGAAGGAAUGAAAGUUCGAUGUAAGUGCGCGUGAGAAGUACCGUAUAUUUCUGAGCAAGACGCCAUAUACAUUACAACGUUGUUGACUUAAAUGAUCCGUUUACCUCAAACUGCUGAGGACGGCGCAGCUCCGACUUCCAAUUUCGUCUCCAUUCCGUGUCCGCAAUUUUGUUUCAUGUACGUCGAGACCUCUCAUGAGGGCACCGCAAGCCCUCUGGGUUUGGUCGGCCCUCAAUUUAAGGCUCAGGUGGAGCGGAAAAAUACUCGGACCCAUUUUUAUCAGAAGUGUUUUACGCUGUUUGUGUUUCCAUGGAGAUAAAAUUGUAAACAAUGAUAAAAGGAAAUGUGAGAACUACGGAUAAUGGAGGUUUCGUUUCUGCAGGCGUUUGGUUGUUGUCGCUGUUGAUGCAUUGCCACGCCAUUGUUAUUUUUUGUACUUUUCUAGGACUGCUUAUGAAUGCUUGAGCUUACCAUUACUGCUGCUUAUAACUCGCAUAUGGUGUGGAUAUAUAUUAUAUUUAUAAAAUAUAGGGAUAUGAAAACUCCUGUAAUUAUCUGAGCUGCGAAACACGAGUAUGUUGUGCUGCGGUGUUGUUGGGCAUCGCGUGUGUAAUUGUAUGGAUGAAAGUUUCCUUGUGUGACAGCCCAAAAGUGUUGGCAUGAUUGCAAAUUAAAUGAUUGAGUAGAAUUUCUAAUAUUCCUUAUUUGUGUCAUGCUGUUUGGUUAAAUCCACGUUGCUCACGCCAGUGAAUGUUGGAUGUGACGAUACGUUAUGUGCACGCUAUAGCGUCGGUGAUGUCCUGAGAUUUGUGCAAAGAAAUAGGAUAGAAGUCGUGAGAAAAUAGGAUAUGGCGCUAGGAAGUCUUGGUAUAUGUAAAUAAAACGUGAUACUCGCUAAGAUUUUUGUACAUAAGAGUAAUGAGAAGAAAACACCGUAUUUAUUAGAACCUGUUCGUAGAUAAUCCAGUGGGGAAAAAGUUUAAAACGUUCACUAUUUUCAUGAAGGUGUUACCUGAUCGAAUUUACGCAUCGUCUCCUAGAACAAAAUGUGGUAGAAAAUAAAUACGCGGUUAGUAGAAUGCUGAUAAACUGGUAAAUUAUUUUGUCACUUCUUCUUCACUACAUUUCCGUAAUUAAUCGAAUCGGUGGAAUUUUAGGCGGGAGGUUCCCAUAGCAUAGCAAUCGGGGGUGGAUGGGGAGGUAGACAAAUGUAACAUCAUACGUAAAACUUGUGUUCUCUUCACGAAAGAAUGAUUGCCCUUUGUUUUUAAGUGGGAAAAGAUCGUUUUUUGUUCGUUUUGACCGUCAUUUGCGCUACGAAUGUAGGUAUAUUUUUAGCUUGUUUUAUUUGCUGCGUUUUGAUGGUCGUCUACAGCUCCCUAGCCUCGCGCCUGAGCCUGGCUCUCCACUGCUGAGACCGCAGCCUCUUUGUACACUUCUAAUAUGGAUUGAUUUUUUCAAUAAAAUAUUUCUUGAUUGAAAUAUUUGUAGGUAUUAUAUUUUUUGGAAGAUAUUUUUGCAUGCUUGAAACUCGGCUGAUAUCCCUUCUUUGAUUUCACUUGCCUGAAAUAUAUGGUCCAUAUAAAUGAAAGAUUCAAUUCAUAUAUUGGCGUGAAUACCUACUAUUGCGAUCCAUCCAUUCUUCCUAUACCUAAAAUGUCUCAUUUUCCUGCGUUCUAAAUCUUUCAUUAAUCAGGAAAAAGUCGUGCAACUGAAUCUGCAGAAACAGAUGCUAAGACGUUGUUCUCGCGAACCUCGUUCUUGAUUUCGCAGCCCAUUAUUCCCAUUUAGGGGUUCCUCCUCCAGUUUGGGGUUCCUCCUCCAGUUUGGGGUUCCUCCUCCAGUUUGGGGUUCCUCCUCCAGUUUAGGGUUCCUCCUCCACUUUGGGGUUCGUCCUCCAUUUCGCAGCCCCUCCCUAUUUUAUGCUAUCCCGAUGCUCUCCAUAACCCUUUUCACAAACGUAUGUCAUUUUACUUAUCUUGCUCUAUUAUUCACCAUCCCCGUUGACAGCCCCACAGAGGGUAGGUUUGACUUUGCCCUCAGCUGCCCAGUAGCACGGACGACUUUGAUGCACGGAGCCACGAACAUGUGAACGUCAGCUGUUGAGUGAAGCCUUCCGCCUUCUCGCUGUUCUUUUUCCCUACAUUUUCCUUAUUUCUCCUCUUGUUCUCUCUCGUUUUUUUUUUCUUUUUUUCCCCCUUGACAAAAAUGCAAUUAUUACUCAGUAU